CCCCCCCCCCAGUGGCAGCCAGCUAGUCGGUCGCCUCACCGGACUGAUCCGAGGGACGACGGAGCGGCGGGACCUCGGAUUCAUCCAGGACCGGAACACGUCGGGUUACAUGAAGCGACCGUCUUCUGUCCCCCCUCUCACACACACACACACACACACACGCGCGCGCGCCAUGGAUGAGGUGUUUUUUAAAUCCGCGCUACCCGCGCCGGACUCUUCCGUGCUGGGCGACUCCAGUCUGGCUCUGCCGCCUGCGAGAGAGGCGAGUGCCACCGACCGCGGUCUGCGCGUCCACCAGCAGGUUCAGCUCACGCUGGCGCGGAGGGCGAGGAGGACCGUGUCCAAUGGUGGUGUCCACUUACAGAGAAACGCAGCUCAGAGCUUUGAUGCUCCAGAUGGACUUUUACCAAACAUGAAGGUGAAUGGAUUGAACUUCACCCACCGCUCUCUUUCAAGCAACCAUGUGCAGAGACCACCCAGGAGGGUGGAAGUGUCUCCGCCGCUGAGCCCAGGAUUACCUCGCAGUCGCUUCAAAUACAACACCCACCGCUUUGGAACGUACACCGUCCCGGGACCCAGUCAGUCACAGAGGGCGGGCCUCUUGCUGGACCGCUCAUUAGGGUCUGAUUCUUUUUUGCGCUACGCCUUUUCAGAGGCACCUCGCGGCACGCGGCCGCACGCGUCCACUAUCGCACACGGCAGCUUCUGCCAGAGGUCGCUGGGACAGACAGCGGGGCCGCAGCCUGCGUUUGCAAACGCCGCAUUUCAGCAAAGUGGGGAAUAUGGCUCUCGCUGGAGUCAUAACCGAAAUGUUGUCCAACAGGAGAAACACCCCAUGCAGGGGAGAAGUGGGGAUGUGACGCUUGGUGCUAUGCAGCCCGACGACGGGCUGACCUGGUGGGCUCAGCUCAGGAGGGGUGGCCGGGGCUUCCGCAGACUGAAUUCAUACCCGCCCUCGGGCACCAGCAUGGAGGUGGACAUGGGGAGGCAGAGGGAGGUUGAAGUCCACCUUCAGCAGAGCCGUACACAGGACGUCAUGACACUGGAGUCGGAGAGCAAGCCUCCAGAGAUGACGUUGGAGAGGGCCGUGAGCCUGUUGACCCAGGAGAACGAGGAAACGCUGAUCCUUGCGGCCAGCCACAUACAGAAUCAAUGUUUCAAGAGUGCCGAUGCCAAAAAGAUGGUGUACUAUCUCCGUGGAAUUGGAAAGCUCCUGCAGCUCCUCGACAACGACAACGAGGAGGUGCAGCGCGUCGCCGCCGGCUCGCUGCGCAAUGUCGUGUUCCAGAGCAGCGAAAACAAGAUGGAGGUGAAGGAGAGCGACGGCGUGGCCACCAUUUUGUCCGCGCUGAAGAGCAGCCGCGACGUGGAGACCAGGCGACAACUCGCUGGUCUUUUGUGGAACCUCUCCUCUCAUGACCUGUUGAAGGAGCGCCUCUCCAGAGACGCCUUGUCUGUCCUCACCCAGUCAGUCCUCGUGCCCAGUUCUGGCAUUUCUGAAGGCGAGAACCCAAAAGACGAGCUCCUAGCUGAUGCUGAUGUUUUCCACUUCGCUACAGGCUGCCUGCGAAAUCUGAGCUCUGCCGGACCAGACAGCAGAAAAGCAAUGAGGCACUGCGAGAAUCUCAUCGACUCCCUGAUCUACUACAUCCGAGGAACCAUAGCCGACUAUAAGACGGAUGACAAGUCCACAGAGAACUGCAUCUGCAUCCUGCACAACCUCUCUUACCAGAUCGAGGCAGAGCUUCCCAAGAAGUACACGCAAGACCUCAGAGAAUCUCGACUAAACUUGGCCCCCGAGCCAAAGAGUGUCAGCUGUUUUCCUCAACGCAGUGCCAAGAUCACAGAGCAUCUGGAGCGACGGAGCCCUCUGCUGGAGGAGAAGGCGAACCCCCGCGGCAUCGAGUGGCUCUGGAGCGCCAUCACCGUCCGCAUGUACCUGUCGCUGAUCGCCUGCAGUGUGCGCCCCCACACCCAGGAGGCCGCUGUCGGAGCCCUGCAGAACAUCACAGCUGGAAACGGAGCGGUGUCUGAAGCCAUCGCUUUCACUAUUGUUCAGCGGGAAAAUGGUCUUCAGCAAGUCAAGAAGAUGUUACAGGAGGGGGAGAGUGAUGUGAAGAGGACGUCCAUAUCUCUAAUAAAAAACCUCUCUCAACACCAGGAACUGCACCCUGACAUCGUGACACAGGUGUUGCCCGAGUUGGUGGGGAUGCUGCCCAACGACGACACGGGCACCGACCUGCCCUCUGAGGUGACGGUGUCUCUGUGCCAUAUCCUGAAUGACCUGAGUCAGAGUGCCCCGCAGCACGUCCGGGCCAUCGUCAACCAAGGAGCCCUCCCGAAGAUCCUCAGCAUCAGCAGAAAAGACAGUGGUUAUGGGCCAACCAGAGCGGGUCAGGCUGCAUGUGUCCUGCUGCACACCAUGUGGAAGCACAGUGAUCUCCAUGGGGCCUACAAGAAGUGCGGCUACAGGAAAGCUGAUUUCAUUAAUGCGAGAACAACAAAGGCAGUGAACUCGGGACGAAACUGAAAAGAUCCUGUUCCAUCUGCACUUCAAGUCGCAGUUGACUCACUGCACUGUUUUCCUGUAACUGACUGUCUCAGUCAGAGUUUGGUCGAAGACACUUUUCUCAACGCUGAAGAGAAAAACUGCUUUUCCCUUCAAAAAUCUGAAACCACUUGAAAAGUUGCUGUCUAUUAGUGCAGAUGUUAGUGUCAAUGUAGCUUGAGAACAAACAUGAUAUUUGUAAUUGUGGAAUAGUGAAGAAAAGAGAGUGUUGUCAUAAAACGUAAAAGAGAUGGGUGACCAUCAUUAAACACAACAACACACGAACGACAUUAGUGAAGAGACAUUAUCAUUUCAUGGAACCUUCAAAUCACUUUUCAGUUUAACGUCUCUCGGCGAAAAGCAUCGGAUGCUUUCAGCCGCUGCCUUUGUGCCUCCUGUUCAGACAAACUGACGAAUGAAUGUAGAAACCUUUCCUGAAAAUGUAACAUCUCUUCAUAAAAUAAUGAUGAAUGGAAAUCUGUAUUAUUCCUUUGUGUUUGUCUAGUUUUUCUCUUGUUUGUUUUUUCAAUAGUGGCAGCUUUUGUCUUCAUGGUGUUGCUGUGUGUUUGUAGGCGCUUCAGGUAAUUAUACAAGAACCACAAAGAGAAAAAAAUAGAUAUUUAAACUAAGAACAUUGACAAUCAAUACAUUUUUUGGGCAAUCCAUUAAAUAGUUAUUGUAUGUACUGUACAUAAAUGUAUUUUAGAUAGAAUGGCUUCCUACUGUAACACAACAAGCUGAUCUGCCUUCUCGAGUUGUUUGCUGAACUGAAUAAACUGUUUUGAAUAAA